GUUUGCUCGAGUCUUCCAGACUGAUCAUAUGCUUUUUAAAUCUUAAUCAUUUUUCAAGAAUAAACGAGCUUUACCUUAUCUAUUCUCGAUUAAUCAAAAUAUACUUAUACGUGGACAAGCAAUUAACGAGUUAGUAAUAAACAAACCGUUUUUUUUUUUUUAAAUAUAUUCAAAUGUAAGCAUAUAUUUAAAGUACUUAAAAGGUUUGUUAUUUGAUGUUUGCGUGCUUUUAUUAUUAAUCAAAACAAAAGCAUACAGUAGUUUUUAGAAUAAAUUCGCGCAAACAAGUUUGGGUAAAGUUAGUUGAGGAGCAAAAAAAAAUUGCUGAGUAAGUGAAUGACCGCGAGUAAAGGAUGAUGGGCUUUGUGCCAAUGUCUGCACAUCUGAUUCCGCACAUUGUACAGUAGAAAGUCCACGUUGAUAACCGCGUGAACUAGAGUGGGAUAUCGAUCUAGGAAAAUUUCAGCAUCAUCAACAAAUACUUUUUUCUUUCAGUUUUGAUUUUUAUUUCAAUACAAGAUGAACUUGAUAGUAGCAGUGAUAAUCGAUUAUUUACAUUCAUUUAUUACUAAUGUGAUGUACUUUUAAUAUUUCAUAUAAUAUACUGUCACCCUGUCUGAGCGUGCUCAGUGAUGUGAAAAGUGUCUUCAACGAAUACAUGCUGCUUAUUUCUUGAUCAGUCAACAAUACGCAUGGAUACAUAUAUAUAACGAUCAAGUAACAUCCUAGUGCGACGCAAUGAUCGACAGUGCGUGAUCGCUGAUGGUCCAUGUUACUAAAUUUUAUUAUUAUUUUAAUGCUGUGAAGAGAAAAAAAAUUUUAAAAAAUGACUGGGCUUGUUGAAAUUUUUCUCUUCUGUGGAGUUCUUUAUUACUUCUUUAAUAUUAGAGGUAAUAACAUGGUGGACGUGCUGUCUACUCGUCUCCAAGAGGUGUAUGCCAAUUGGGAAUCUCGAACGGAUGUGAUUCGUGAACAAGAAGACAAUCCUACACGACUUUCUCUCGAUGGGCUUCGUCGUGCUGGUCUCCAAAGCCAAAGAAGACGUAUUCAAAGUCGAGAACAAACUAGACGAGUACGUGAUCGUGCACUAUUUAAAAUAAAAGAAACCGAGCUCUUUGUUCCUCCGGUACCGAAAGUCACGCCAUUUCUUUAUCAAUGUUGUCAGACAUGUACACCUACAUCAAGGGGAACAUUUGCAAGUACUGCAACAAAACAACAUCAGACAUCAGGACGAAAUAUUUUAUUGGUCGAACCAGGAGGAGGCUUGUUAUCUAAAAUUUUUUAUCACUUUUCUUUUGUUUAUAAUGCAAAAACCUUUGACUAUCCAAGAAUUACACAUACCGUUAUGAGUGAUGAAAGACUUAAAGAUGCAAUCAAAUUGACAGCUAAAGAGACUGCAAAGAAUGAAGGGAUCCCGGAAGAAGAAGCUGUUUUUCAAGCUGAGAAACGAGCUCAAACUAUUUUAUCACGUAUGGAAAGUAAACUUAGCAAUACAUUUCUCAGGAUAACUGGAUGGCUGCUAUUUAAAUUACUCCCUUACUUUAUUAAAUCUGUGAUAGUUCAAGACUCGCAAAUUGAGAUGAUUCAAAAAGCGAGUGAAAGAGGAGUGCCUUUAGUCUUCUUACCAUUGCACCGUAGUCAUCUUGACUACACUAUUAUUAGUUUUAUUCUUCUGUGUAAUAAUGUGCGAAAUGUAUUAAUUGCUGCUGGAGAUAACUUAAAUAUGCCAUUUUUCGGUAGAAUAUUAAGUGGUCUUGGUGCUUUUUACAUAAAAAGACGAAUUGAUCCUGUGCAAGGACGUAAAGAUAUUCUGUACAGAGCAACUUUGCAUACUUAUGUGAUGGAGGCCUUGAGAGCUGGUCACAAUAUUGAAUUUUUUAUCGAGGGUGGCAGAACACGUACUGGUAAACCUUGCAUGCCGAAAGGAGGAAUUUUGAGCAUUGUUGUAGAUGCUUAUAUAGACGGCACCAUUGAAGAUGCACUUUUGGUACCAGUUGCCAUUAAUUAUGAACGGCUCGUUGAUGGAAACUUUGUCAGAGAACAGCUUGGACAGCCAAAGAAAAUGGAAACCCUUGGUACUACACUUCGAGCCAUUUGGUCGACUCUUAGAGGCAGCUACGGAAUUAUUAAAGUUGACAUUUGUGAGCCGUUUUCUUUAAGAGAAGUAUUAAAAUCUAUUGAACUCCAACAGAGUCGAAAUAUGAUAAAUAAACCAGUAGAAAAGUGUUUGAAAUCAACGAUGUCAACUUCUUCUUUGUAUGGAACUGAUGUCGUUGAUGAUGAACACAGACUUAUAGUUGAUUGUCUGGGACGACAUGUAAUUUAUGAUUGCGCAAAUUCAACACCAAUCAUGUCUACUAAUGUUGUAGCUUUUCUAUUGUUGAAUAAAUUUAGAGAUGGUUGCACUCUGGAUAGAUUAAUAGAAGCGUUUGACACGCUUAGACAUGAAUUAGAUUGGGCGCAAAAGGACGUUGCAUUCUUCGGUGAAACUAUUGAUAUAAUAAAUCAUGCCUUAGAAAUUUUAGGACCAGGCCUAGUGAAACAACAACGACAGGAAAUAACACAAAAAGUAGAAGGCCAAGCUGUAAAGAAGGAAGUGGUAAUUGCUAUUCAACCAGUGUCAAUCUUACCAAACGUGAUUGAGUUAGCGUAUUACAGUAAUUCAAUGAUGAUUCAUUAUGUCAUGGACAGUAUAGUUAUCUCAGCUUUAUAUGCUGAAAGAAAAGCACAAAUCAAUGAUCCGCAAGCGAUGGCACAGAAUGAAGUCAUCAUAUUUCAACAUGUUUUAAUAGAAAAAGCUGUCGAACUUUGCGAUAUUUUGAAAAAUGAAUUUAUAUUUUAUAAACCUUGUCAAGAGAUAGAAAAUGUGAUACUUGCAGCUAUAGAUCGUCUCAUAUAUAUGGGAUUAUUAUCUACUAAUGAAGAGAGUUAUUUAGAAGAAGAAUUGUGGAGUAAGAGGUACGCGAGAAAUUUCGACGAUAGCUCUGAUGAAGAAUAUGCCGUAAAAAAUGCUUCUAAAAAGACUGAAUAUAAAGUAAACUUAGAUGCUGAUUCUUUAGAUCGCAUUGAGUUUCUUCAUACAAUUUUAAGGCCUCUUAUUGACACUUACACUUUUAGUGCCUUUACUUUAAGAAAGUUAGUCGGUCGAUCUCUGCUUGAAAAGGAUAUAAUCCAAGAGAUUCUUGGUGAAAUCAAGACAAAUAUAGAUCUCGGAGUUGUUAGCUAUGGUGAGAGUUUAAGUGUUGAACCCAUAAAAAAUUCAUUGAAAUUCUUUGAAAAACGAAAGUACAUCGAAUGUCAUCCAGAAGAAAACGCAAGAAUUUAUUAUUUGUGUGAUGAGUAUGAUAAUGAUGAUGCUACGAAUCGAAUUUAUGAAUCAAUUGAAAUUUAUAAAUGGACAAAAAGAGUUAAUUAGUAAUGUGAAAAAGUACUGAAAAUUUGCUGAAGCACAAAAAAUAUUUAAGAAUGUAAAUAGCUUUGAAUCUAAGAUUAAGAAAUUAAAAGUCUUCCAAAGACGUA